CCUAAUUCAUUUCUCAAUUUUCAUUUUCACCUUCUCCGGCUUUCCCUCUCCUUCUAUUAUGCGACUCUACCAUCUGAAUGCCCUCCAUUCCAUUGCCACCCUUCUACAAUUCUACCCUUGCCCUUCUUAGUGCUCACCUUCUGCCGCCCCUUAUUUUCUCCUUUGCACCAGUCGGACCAUCUCAAAUCCCAUUCCCUCCAUUGCACUGUUGGUCUGCUGCUGCCAAAGCCAUCUGCCUACUGCUGCCAAACUGUCAAAGCCAUUUACUUGCUGCUACCAAACUACCGAAGCCAUCUGCUUGCUGCUAUCUGGACUGCCGAAGCCAUAUGCGCAUCCGUUGUAGCCUUGCCCUUCUUGCAGUGAUGAUGGUCACAGAACGGCCAAUGCUGCUCUAGCUAGCAGCCUUGCAUGAUCCUUCCGCAACAUGCCAUAUCUAGUUUCCUGCUCUCUGAUUGCCAUUAAUAAUAGUGGGGUUUUAUUAUUGCAAUGAGGAUGGGUACAAUGGCACCGUCGAGUCUGGGGCCGCUGAGGACAAGUAGUGAUCUUAUUGUUGUGCCUAAGACGGCCGACGCUACUUCCAAAUGUGUUGCCUGCGUUCUCUUUUACGUUUUAACCGUUAAUUUGGAGUUUUUAUUUUAUUUUUAUUGUUUCUAGGAUAAGCAAAAGAUGUUAGCAGAGCAGGGGAGUGUGUCUUUUGCAUUUUGUGGGGAAGAGAGGGGACUGAAGUAACCGAAUCCAUCCUUUGUAAAUUCGGGAUCUUAUUCCCUCUUUUCUUAGUAGACUUUCUCAGUUCUUAAUUAAAAAUUUCAUUUAUA